AUGCUAUCCAACUCCACCGUGCCUCUGUCGGUAACUUUCACCAGCCCGGAAGAUUUCUUUAUCUUUAUUUUCCAUAUUUUGUUCGCAACGAGUGCGGUGCUCCUGGCGGGUUCCGUGGUCAUAGGUAUAUUCAGUACCAAAUCUUUGCGACAACAGAACCGCUUCAUCUUCAUGCUGAACACAAGCAUCAGCGACACAUUAACUGGCUUUUCAGUUUAUUAUCUCGGUCUGUUCGACGUCCAAGAAGGUUACCCUUCUAGAAAUGGAACAUAUUACAUUUUGCCCUCAUUUCUAGGAGUUAAUGUCUUAACUUUUCUAUUUGCGCAGUUUGACCGCUAUUUUGCUGUGUGCCACCCUUUCUUUUACAAUCGCUUCAUCUCUAGAUCUUUUGUAAUUGGAGUAUGUGCUUUUUGCUGGAUUUAUACGUAUUCUAUUCUAACAGUACAAAACAUGGUGCCAAUCUACCUAGCUGCACAAAUUAACGCAUUCGGUGUAAUGACUCUACAGAUUAUAGUCAUAACCAAAUUGCUGAUGACUAUAAAGUUAUACUUCAUAGCCAGAAACCAGUUGGGGCGCGAGGUGCCCAGCGCGGAGAGAGACAACAAGAAGGAGUCACUGCGCAUCAUAGUUUUUGUGGUCAUCUGCUUUUUAACAUUGUGGUCUCCUUCUUUCGUUAAUAUAAUUGUCAGACAGUUGACUAAAGGGGGCCUCCGGUUUAGGAACGAAGCCACAAAUUUGUUCGCCAUAAUGGCACGUUUUAACGCGCUGGUUACACCGGCACUAUAUAUCUGGGGCAGCCCGGCACUGCGUGCCACCGUGUGGAAAACAAUGUGGCGAAGUGUGUGUCCAUGCAGGCGGAGAAGAAGGACUGCUGGGCUCCAAGAGUUCCUGUUCGGCAGGAUUGUGCACUACUGGCAGUUGUUCUGCAGCAGCGGUGUCCGGUGGAGCAUCAGGCGAGUCCUCAGGCUCUCCUGGGCCAACAGAUGUGUUGACGAGAUGCCCUCGAUUACGGCGAAGAACUCUGCUGGGGGUCUCCACCAGAUUCGUCCAUCUGGGACGGAGAGAAGAUGGUACAACAGGCAAUAUGGUUCUAAGGCGUCUACCCAUCAGCAGUUCAGCUGGGCUAUGACCAUUGGAUAG